AUGAUUCGUUUAAAGAAUAUAUGGAAUAAGUGCUGCUGGCGAGUAGGCGAGAUGCACACAGCCAGUACCGAGGGACAGUAUCGUGGUGCCAACGGAGCAGCCAACGGCAGAGACAAAGUCGCUAUAUUAGAUGCCGGCUCACAAUAUGGAAAGGUGAUAGAUAGAAGGAUUCGAGAGCUAUGUGUGGAAUCUGAGAUCCUUCCGUUAGAUACUCCAGCAUAUCAUCUAAAGGAGGCUGGAUACCGAGCCAUCGUCAUUUCAGGAGGACCAAACUCUGUGUACGCUGAAGAUGCCCCUAGAUAUGAUGCUGAUAUAUUUAAGAUUGGUCUGCCUGUGUUAGGUAUAUGCUAUGGUAUGCAAAUGCUGAACAAGGAGUUUGGUGGUUCCGUACUGAGGAAGGAGGCUCGCGAGGACGGACAGUAUGAGGUGGAAGUUGAAACUACUUGCCCAUUGUUCAACCGCCUGGAGAAGCUUCAGCCCGUACUAUUGACCCACGGGGACAGUGUCCAGAAGGUUGGUGAACGUUUCCGCGUGGGGGCGCAGUCGUCGAACCACCUCAUAGCUGCCAUAUACAACGAGCAGAUGAGACUGUAUGGAGUGCAAUUCCAUCCUGAGGUGGAUCUAACGCCAAAAGGCAAGCAGAUGUUGUCAAACUUCUUAUUCGAUAUCGCGGGUUUGUCUCGGACAUUCACACUACGUUCACGUCGUGAAGCGUGCGUACAAUACAUACGAGAGACGGUCGGGGAUAAUAAAGUUCUGGUCCUUGUCAGCGGUGGAGUUGACUCCACAGUUUGCGCCGCCUUAUUAAGAACAGCACUGCGCGAGGAUCAAGUCAUCGCUUUACACAUCGACAAUGGUUUCAUGCGUAAAAACGAGAGCGCCAAGGUUGAGAGGUGUCUUCGUGAGUUGGGUGUUAAGGUCCAUGUUAUCAACGCGUCCCAUCAGUUCCGUCAAGGCAGCACGGUGGUCCGUGAGGCGGGAGGUCGCACCCGUCACACGCCGUUGCUGUGUCACGCCACCGCGCCCGAGGACAAGAGGCGCAUCAUAGGGGACGUGUUCGUGAGGGUCGCCGAACACGCUGUCAGGGACCUGCUGCAGCUGCAAGAGGAGCAAGUGCUGCUAGGCCAAGGAACUCUCCGGCCGGACCUGAUAGAGUCGGCGUCCGCGCUGGCGUCGGGUGCCGCGGCCGCCAUCAAGACGCACCACAACGACACGGAGCUGGUGCGGGCGCUGCGGCAGAGGGGGCGCGUCGUGGAGCCGCUCAGGGACUUCCACAAGGACGAGGUCCGUCAGCUUGGCACAGAGCUGGGUCUGCCGUCGGUGCUGGUGGAGCGACACCCCUUCCCCGGCCCCGGGCUGGCCGUGAGGGUGCUCUGCCAGGACGAGCCCUACGCGGACAGGGACUUCGCCGAGACACAGGUGAUAGUUAAGAUAAUGGUUGAAUACGCGUCCAUGUGUGUUAAAUCCCACGCGCUGUUGGGUCGAGUCUCCAAUGCGACUACGCCGGCCGAGCAGAGUGAGUUGAGGCGUAUUUCGUCUGCGGGCGCCCUCGCCGCUACACUACUGCCGCUGAGAUCGGUCGGGGUUCAAGGCGAUCAUAGAACAUACAGCUAUGCGGUGGCGUUGUCCACGGAACGUUACCCGCCCGACUGGAAGGACAUGAACUACCUCGCUAAGAUCAUACCCCGAGUGUGUCACAACGUUAACAGGGUUUGUUAUGCGUUCGGCGGUCUGAUCAAGGAGCAGGUGACGGACAUCACUCCAACUUUUCUUUCUCAACAGGUCAUUUCCACCAUACGGCAGGCGGACGAUCUUGCUACACAGGUGUUGAUGUCCAGCGGUCUGGGUGGUCUCAUCUCCCAGAUGCCCGUGGUUCUCGUGCCGGUGCACUUCGACCGUGACGCAGGGCUGCGGGCGCCGUCCUGCCAGCGCUCGCUCGUGCUGCGCCCCUUCAUCACCAACGACUUUAUGACGGGAGUGCCAGCCCUACCUGGCGAGCCCGCUAUGCCGCAGGAUGUGGUGGAUAGAAUGCGCAAGGAGUUGAUGACGGUGCCGGGUAUAUCGCGUGUGUUGUACGACCUGACGGCCAAGCCGCCGGCCACCACCGAGUGGGAAUGA